AUGUCGCUGGAAACUUCGAAGACAAAGACGCAGAGUGAGGAAGACGAAGACGCACGUGAGAAAUGGUUCGAUGGAUUGUCGAACAGGUCCAUCACCUGCUUUCAUGAUUUCAAGACUGUUUUCCUGCGCCACUUCGCCAGUAGCAGGAAGUAUCAGAAGAUAGACCACUAUCUCUUUGCCCUCAAGCAAGGGUUUGUCCAGCCCUUUAGGAGCUAUAUCAAACGCUUCAACCAAGUGGCCCAGGAUAUCUCAUCCGCUACCUCUGAAAUAUUGAUGAGCGCCUUCUCUUAUGGACUGGUAGAAGGGGAGUUCUUCCAAGAUCUCAUCCGAGAGCCCGUGAAGAACUUUGAUGAGAUGUUAGGGAAGGCCGCUAGUUAUGUCAACGUAGAAGAAGCUCAGGCGGCUCGGCAGAAAGCUGACAAGGCGCCUGCUCCCACCAACAAACCAAAGAAGAGGUCACCCCAACCAUCAGCUCAGCCUCUUCCACGCGUCCAGGAUGCUCGACCUCAAUUCCCUCUUGGUCAGGAUUCCAGACUGGCCCAACGUGUGCCAAUUAUCCAAGCCCCAAGGCCCAGUCAGUGGAGGCCACAUUAUUUCACUUACCAUAGGUCCCACACCCAUGCCACAAGUGAUUGCUUCCAGUUCGCCCGUGACUCCCAACACGUAGCUAAGCUGGGCCUGUCCCCACCUAAGAUCGCGCCCAAGAUUCAGAGGCUGCUGGCCGGCCAACAGCCCGUGGCAGGUCAGUCUGGUAAACCCUUGCCCGACAAUACAGGACAAGGAAGUCAGCAGCCCGGUCGUAACCAGGAGCCAAGAGAAGCCCGGGAAGAGGAGAACAAGAGAAACAUGGCCAUCCGCGAGAUUGGUAUGAUCUCCGAAGGGCCCACAGAUGGAGAUUCCGCUAGGGCUCAGAAAUCCCAUGAGCGCCGCCUGGAGAUACACGUUAUAGGAUGCAGUCGAGAGCAAGCUGCAGGGCCCAUCAUCAGCUUUGGGCCAUAA